AUGUAGUUUAAGCAAGUUUGAUGCAAGGUUUGAGAAAAGGAAUUCUGAUGGUUUCCCUUCAAGGACCCACUAUCUGUAUCCAUUUUUGACACGACCAUGAGAAGCUAUAAUCGAAAUCAUUAGUAGCAAUGUCGCAUUCCAACCUUGAACACUACAUCUCUCCCUCCACCUUUCACCAAACAUUCUUUUCAAUGUUUGGUCUUAUAUAACCUUACUAUCUGGUCCCUCCGAAUUCUCUCAUCACAACAGCAAAAUGGGUUCAAUGAUUUCCUGGGUUUUCAUCUUGGGCUGCCUUGCUGGUUUCCACUUGGCCAUUGUCAAUGGCCAGACGCCAGCAGCAUCACCUUCAACAUUACCUGCUACUCCUCCGCCUACAACGACCGUUCCUCCUCCUACGACAUCAUCGCCACCAACAUCAACCCCAGCAGUACCAGCACAGUCACCGAUCCCUGCAAAGACUCCCAUCUCGCCACCAUCUCCAAAGGCAGCACCAGUCGCUGCUCCAACUGCUCCACCUCCUCAAUCUCUUGCGCCUGUCUUUGCACCAGCAACGUCACCACCUGCUUUGCCACCUCCUCAAUCUCCGGCCCCUGCAAAGGCACCACCAGCUCCAGCACCAGUCCCAGUUAGUCCUCCACCAGCGCCAGCACCAGCACCACCAGCUCCUGCACCAGCGCCAGCACCAGCGCCGCUGACUCCACCACCUAUGCCACCACCAGCACCAACUCCAUUAUCGGUGGUGCCUUCACCUGCUCCAGCUGCACACAAGCACAAGAAGAGGCCCCACAAGCAUAAGAAGCAUCAUCAUGCCCCAGCUCCAGCCCCAAAGCCCCCUAGCCCGCCAUCCCCACCUGUGGUGACAUCUUCGGAUGAUGACACUGCCCCUGCACCAUCACCAAAUACGAAUGGGCAAGAUUCACAGUAUAUAAGGGGACGAAUGACAACAAUGUGGGCAAGAACUGGACUAGCUGUGGCACUUCUGCUGGCUGCUGCAGGCUAGGCAGCUAAAGAUCAUUGAGGUGCUUACAAAGUUACAAUUAAGAGCCAUGGAUUUAUUUCCUUUACUUCGAAAGGAAAUUGUUUUGUGUGUACAAACAAUAAUAUCUCAUGUUAAGAGGAACUGUAAUGCAAGAGCACAGCCUCAAAACUGUCCAAGCUCAGUAUCCACAUUUUUGUAUUGUUUAAUUCUUGGAUCUGCCAGUAUGCAGAUUAAAUAUUCGCAUUACAUUAUAAACACGAGAAGAACGAGGCACAUACAGAAUCUAUCUUUGGUUAUCAAACUUCCUCUGCAUUUGGAUCGGUCUUAAUCUCCUCCCGUAGAUCGUAC